AGGCGCAGCGGGCACAGUGUGAUCUUUCCUAGGACCUUCUUAAAGCGGCGAUCAGAGGAAAAUUGGUGCUUCGACUUAGAAAACAGAGAAAGAUCCGACUAUUAUUUGAGAUUACACAGUCUCUGUGUGAAUUAAUUCGUUAUUUAGACCCGUGUUAUUGUUUUACGUUACCCUAGUACAUAUUGUUUUACUAAAAUCUCGAAAACUACUCAGCCGGCUUUAGGUUUGUUGCUCGCUGGGUGGGCAUUAUCCCCAUUGCCCAGCUAGUUAGCUAGCUAGCUAAAGGUGCUAGGUUAGCUAGCUAGCUAGCUAACUAUCGUGAGCUGACGCCGUUCGGCCAGCCCCCCCACACAACGUUCAAACCCACCCAGAAACCAACGGGAAUCCAUUAAUUAAAACCAACGCUAGUGGAUUUUUUUGUCAUUGACAUGUCACGUCCAACGCCGGCGUCACUGGCUGUUUUCAAUUAACUUGCUAAUUGGCUAGCAGCGUUAGCUGAACCUGUCCCCAUAGACAUUAUUGGUGAAGAAGCUGUUGGUUCUCUAUCUGAAAUCAAUCAUGGAGAACGAUGCUUGUGUCGAGCCGAAGACUGACGAUGUUGCUGCGGAUGAAGUUGAGCAACAACCAGCAGCCGCGGCUCCACACAGAUACACUAAGGAGGAGCUUCUUGAAAUAAAAGAACUGCCAAUCUCCAAUGAGAGGCCAGACUGUCUGUCUGAGAAUUACGACAGUGAUGGCGUCUGGGACCCUGAGAAGUGGCAUGCCUCCCUUUAUCCCACUUCAGAGCGCAGCUCUCCAGUGGAAGGAUUUAAGAAGGACUAUCUGGAUGACAGAGUUCCUCUGAAACGAAGAAUCCCAGAUCCUCGUGAGCGGUUAAAGGAGGAUGAUCUGGAUGUGAUACUGAGCCCACAGCGACGCAGCUUUGGAGGGGGAUGUCAAGGCAACGCUGCGCCUGCACCCCACAUCCGUCGCCCAAUUAGCCCCCUGGAAAACAAGGAGAAUGAAACUCUCCGUCUAGGAGGGGCACGCAGAAUUGGUAGUGGACGUAUAAUGGCUGCCCGCGCAUUUGAGAGAGAAGCCCGUGCGGAGAAGGAGAGGGAACGGGAGAGAGAAUUUAAAGAUAAAAGAUACAGGAGAGAUUUUGGUGACAAACGGGUCUUUAGUGAAAGGAGAAGGAAUGACUCUUACGCAGAGGAGGAGCCAGAGUGGUUCUCUGCUGGUCCGACAAGCCAGUCUGAGACAAUUGAGCUCAUUGGAUUCGACGACAAAAUCCUGGAAGAUGAUAGACGCAGGUCCAAGCGCUCAAGGAAGCGAACAGAGUCUCUGAAAGAAGUAGUGGAAUGUAAUGGUGGACAAGCGGAAGAACAAGAGGUGGUUUUGCAGUCAGCCGACCAGGAGGUUCCCCACCCGGACGUUCUGCCGGAACAGUCGACCGGAGACUUUGACUUCAAUGAAUUCUUCAAUCUGGAGAAGACCAUGCCAGGACUGGCUUCUAUGAUUGAGGAUGUUUUGGGGGAGGGCCCUGUGUCAGCCAGCCGCUUCAGUCAGUGGUUCUCCAGUAACCUGAGCCCGUCAGGCAGCCAGUCAAGUAGCCUGAGGUCCACUCCUCACGAGGAGCUGGAAAAACUAGCAGGUCUUGAACCACGCUGCACGUCCCAGGGCCAGGGCCCCGUCACAUACUUCACACCUAUUCAAUCAUCAGAGUGCAGAGAGAAGGUGGACAUCCUGGAGCUGCUGCACAAAGCCAAAAUAGACCUGAAGCCUCUACUGUCCACCCUGUCAGUCAACAAAGCUCGGCUACGGGAAAGCACCAACUGUGGAGCGGUGCUCUCACUGGAAGAGGUGGAGGGGGGGAUGAAGGGGAUGAAGCUGGCCUCAGAACCACAGGUGCGAAAGGUGCAGCCUCCACAGAGGGGAAACGGCACGCCCUUCAUGGCUGAGCAUUUAGAGGAGGCUUUGACUGGAGCGCCCAGUGCCCGUCCACACACGCGUGACCCAGACAUGUCUGCCUUUAAUAAACUAGUGAGCAGUAUGAAGGCAAGUGGGACUCUGCCAACUCACCCCAAAACCAACUCAAACAAUCAAACUUCCGACCCAGCUGUGGUGACGAUGUCUCAAUCUCAGGUGCCUGCUCAGCAGCCGAAAAACAUUUUCCAGGAGCUUUUGGGCGGACCCGUCCGUAGUGGCUCCCCCACCCUACUUGUUAAUCUUUUGGGCAGUUCUGAGGGCCCAACAUCCUCUGCCCGGCUACUACACAAGGGCCCUUCACCCCCUCUCUUUCCACAGAGGGCACCCUCACCUGACUACUUCAACAGUCGGUUACAACCUCCAACCGGUUAUCCUGUUGGUCAUCAGCCCAUGCUGCCAGAACAGUUUGGUGAUAUGCACAGGUCCAUCAGCCCGGGAGCUUCGACACAGCAACAGAUGAGGGCGCUCUCAAUGCCAGUGAAUCAGGCCGACCUGGAAGCACUUGCAUUCCAACAGGACCUCGCUCUACAUGCCCACCACUCCUUCCAGUCCAAUUACAACAAGCCACUGGACAGGUCUUUUCGAAUAAGACAGCAGCAUGUUAAUUGCUCCCCUGGACCAGGCCUUCAGUCCGCAGGGAGAAACUCUCCAGGCAAUGCUGUCACUAGCAUGUUGUCUCCUUCAUUUACACCCACAUCUGUAAUCCGCAAAAUGUAUGCGACAAAAGAAAAAAGCAGAGAUGACCCAUUGAGCCGUUCAGACACGAAGGACGAUGGAAGAGGGCACUCUCAAGAGGAUUUGAGUUAUGUGAUUACAGAAAGCGGCUUCCCAAAUGUUAACCUGGAAGCGAUGGAUUGGAACGCAGCCCAGUCUGCGGGGGUAAAGGCCAGCUCGCAGCCAAGCAAGGAGCAGGAACGCCUCAGGCCUGGUUCCGCUGGACGCCAUACACCAACCAUGGUACCUCCAGGACCAUCCUCAUCUUACCCUCGUCCCAUCUACCCAGUGCCGAUGCUAUCCCAUGUACCCAUGGUGCGUCCUCCUCCCCAGCUGCACCCUACUGUGGUUCAGCAAAUGCUGGCACAGGGAAUCCCGCCUCAACAGCUCGGACCUGCUCUUGUGCAAGCAGGUAUAUUUCCACCACAUGUUGACCUAGCACAACUUCAAGGCCUGCCUCCUGCCCUGCUGGGACAACCGCUGUACCCUCUAAAUGCAGCAGGGCAUCCACUUCUACCUCCUCGAGCCAGUACUCAGAUGCAGUUAGCAGCAAUGCAGCAGCACCUUCAGCAACAAAGACCAAUUCAUCCCAGUGUCCAAGGCCCAAUGUCACAGAUCCAAGGCCCUCACCGGACAAACGGCUCCCAGCGACAUGGAGGCAGCCCCCCUCUAGGCCUCGCCAAGUGGUUUGGGACAGAUGUGUUGGAACAGCCACUCCCCUCCAUGCCGGCCAGGGUCAUAAGUGUAGAUGAAUUGGAGUUCCGGCCAUAAGAAAAUGAACACUGAGCUGGAUAGCAAAUAUUUUUUUUGUUUGUUUUGGGGCCGAUCUCCUCAACCACGUUACCAUUUAAAAAUGUGAAUUUUUUUAUUUGAAAGACACAGAACUGGAUAGUCUAACCAUGCCCUGCUUUGGCUUCAACUUUAAAGUCACUGCUAUUGAAGAGGAGAUUGAUGGAGAUGUUGUAUUUCAGCUGAGUGAUAUUUUGUUUUGUAUUAGAUUAUGCACAGUAAAUAAUGUAUAGGCCUAAUUGUACAGACCAUGGGAAAGAAUGUUAUGCUCCCUGUAUAUAGGUAUGGUGGCUUCUUUAUGUGGGUGUCGGGAAGGUGAAUCUAUCAAGCAGUUCUACUGAAAACUGUGAGAACAGUCACCAAGAGUUGGUAGCAUUCCUGUCUUGUCCACCUUAUCUCCCCCCUUUCCUUGCACUGAGAGAGGGCCACUGCUAGUGAGAUCAUUUGGGAGUAACUUAAGUGGACUCUAACUUUACUUUGUGGUGUGGCUUAUGGCCCUUCUCUGUAAGACUGACUGGCAGGAGCAUUUCAAGAAGUGGAGGGGGAUGGUUGUGCCUUUUUUUUUUUUUCUUCUCCCUUUCUCUUUAAAUGUAUCCUCUCCCAUCCAUUAUGUCACUAUCUGGGACAGCAUUGCUCACACUGUCAGUUUUUGGAAGGUGUUUGGGAUGCAGUUUGUGCUAAAAGCACAAAUAGAAUUAAUAAAUAAAAACUUCAGUAAAACAUU